AAUAAGAAACUCAAGAAAGUCUCCUCCAAGGGGAGGAAGAGCGCAGGCAGGCCAGCCGAGGCAGGACUUCCGGGCAGGCCCCAGGGCGGGGGUCACAGGGCUGGGAGCCGGGCGCAUGGCCAUGGACGGGAGCCCGUGGUGGCCAAACCUAAGCACAAGCGAACUGAUUAUCGGCGCUGGAAGUCCUCGGCUGAGAUUUCCUACGAGGAGGCCCUGCGGAGGGCCCGCAGGGGACGCCGGGAGAACGCGGGGGUGUUCCCCACGCCCGUGCCGCUGCCCUACGCAAGCCCCUACGCCUACGUGGCCAGCGACUCCGAGUACUCGGCCGAGUGCGAGUCCCUGUUCCACUCCACCGUGGUGGACACCAGCGAGGACGAGCAGAGCAAUUACACCACAAACUGCUUUGGGGACAGCGAGUCGAGUGUGAGCGAGGGCGACUUCGUGGCGGAGAGCACGACCACCAGCGACUCUGAAGAAAGCGGAGGCCUAAUCUGGUCCCAGUUUGUCCAGACUCUCCCAAUCCAGACGGUCACGGCCCCUGACCUUCACAACAACCCUGCAAAGACCUUUGUCAAAAUUAAGGCCUCCCAUAACCUCAAGAAGAAAAUCCUCCGCUUCCGUUCUGGCUCGUUGAAACUGAUGACCACGGUUUGAGCCACAUCAUGGGUGUAGAAAGUGUCUUUUUUUUUUCUCCUCACUCUCAGUGUCGAAAUAAAAAAGGCACCAUUUGUUGUAUGUGUAAUACUUUCAUGGAAUGCUUGUCUUUUAAGAUAAAACCGAGGUUAAAUUAUUAUCUCAUCAUCAUAUAUGGACUCUAGUGCCUUUGAUGGAAGGUAAAGAAUGUUAUUGCUAGUUAGAAGUAAAUAUUGAGGUUUUGAUGGUGGUGAUAGUGAAUGAGUUUUGUCGUAGCAGCUGUUUUUUCUUUAAAAUCUGAGCCUACGGGCAAGGUACAGAUUUUAAUUGUCAAGUUUUAUAGGGAUGAGACCUUUGGAUACCAAGGUCAAGUGGGUGGAAUUUUAGGACAUACCUUUGCUCCUUGACUCUACAGGACAGUGUCUCCACCAGGGUUUUUCUGUUGAGGGGCAUCACAUGCAAUUGUGGUAAGUAGGUAGGAGAGGCAGUCUCAUUGUUUCUAUGGUUUCUUUAUGCGGUCUAAUUUCUCAGACUUGUAUCCCCAUUCUUUUUUCUUUUCAGAACUGUUCUGUUUACUGGACUCAUAACAUGCAGCCCAGACCUUAUAUCCAGAGAUGGCAACCUGGAUGGGCGGGCUGGUAAUACCUUCAAAGGAUUCAUGAAAACUUUUGCCACACUUAGUGCCUAGGCCCUGGUUAUAGUUAACUCCUUCUAGGGCCAUUUAUCCGACAUUUUGAUGCCUUUCCCCCAGCUCCCUAAUUUGUAACCAAUCCAACCAUUCAAUCCUUGGAGUAUUUGCCUUCGGAAUAAAAUGUUGAUCCUCGGGUACAGAGAAAUUCAC